AUAAAAUGGUUCUAACGGAAUAAUAUAGAUGAGACGAGACGGGAGAAAAUGAUAAGUCCGACCCCAGCCGAGAUAUCAGAUAGACUCUCUCAGGCACAACUCAAUGUUGGUCUUGCCGCCCCUGAGCUUGAAUUGCUCAGGGGCGGCGUUGAUGCUGGUAUCCGGGGUGACCCUGAGAGGAAAGGGGGAUUGAUUGCGGAUCCCCUGUGUGAUGCAGAAUGGUACUGGGGAGAUAUUACGAGGGAGGAGGUGAAUGAGAAACUAAAAGAUACUCCUGAUGGAACCUUUCUAGUUCGUGAUGCAUCAUCCAGGGGGGGAUUUUUGCAAUUUAACAAGCUUGUGAAGAUAUGUUACGAGAAGGGGAAAUAUGGGUUUUCUUCUCCGUAUAAUUUUAAAAGUGUUGUAGAUCUUGUAGCUUAUUAUCAGAAAACUAGUUUGAAAGAUUACAACAAAACAUUGGAUACAAGAUUGAUUUUUGCAGUUUCAAGAUAUCAGCAAGAUGUUGAUGUUGGCGGAGGAGCGGAUCAUGAGAAAAUUAUUCUUAAGUUGAAAGAAAUAAACAAAAAUUAUCACGAGAAAUCUAAACAAUACGAUCAGUUCUAUGAACAAUAUCAGACUGCUGUACAGAAGAUUCUGGAUAAACGGCAAGCUCUGGACGCGUUCAACGAACUGAUCCGUGUAUUCGAGGAGCAGCUCACCACACAGAAGGAGCACCAAGACUCAGUGUUCCCGCAUGAGAUGCCAAGGUUUUUGGACAACAACAAUAUCGUAAAGCAACGAAUAUCUUAUUAUCGGGAACAGAGGGAACAAACGUCACAGGAUCUACGAGAGGUAAACUCUAGGAACAGGCAGCUGGACCGUGACAUGAACUCCUUGAAGCCGGAGAUUAUCCAUCUUUACAAGCAGAGAGAGCAGCAUCAAACCUGGCUUCUCUCGCACGGGAUGCGUUCAGAACAUAUUCAUAAAAUUCUAUUCGAAAGUUCUCAGGAUUUUGGGACUGCUGAGAUGGAGACGCAGGAUUUAUCCCAUUAUAAGCAAAGUAAUUGGCUUCUGCUAAACUGUGAUAGACCUAAGGCUGUUAAUUUGCUAAGAAAUAAGGAAGAUGGAACCUUUCUCAUUCGUCAAUCCAGUAACGGACAGUACGCUCUCUCUAUUGUUCAUUCUCAUGGAGAGAUCGGACAUUGUCUCAUUCUCAGGGGUAAGGAUGGAUAUGGAUUUGCUGAACCGUACAAUAUCUACCCAACCCUUGAUGAUUUAGUGCUUCAUUACGCCGUCAAUAGUUUGGAGGAGCAUAACGAGGAACUACGGACCACUCUUCUCUUCCCCCUGUUCUCUGUACCUAGUAACCAGCAGUACUCAGGAUAUAUUGCUCCUAGUCAACUCAAACGAUCAGAUUCUACGGAACAAUCUCUCCUCUGAGCAAACAAAUUUCUUUUUAAAUUAUAUCAUUUUAGAUAUUUUAUCUUCUUGUCGAAAUGUUCAAAUAUUGAUAGUUUCUAAGUAAUGUUGGAAUAUGACAGAUAAACAUUAUGAUUAAAUAAUUGUCCGUUGGUUUUUCACUUUGUACACCAAAUCAAAAAUCUAAUAUUAAUAAUGAACCUUGUAACAAGUCACUCAUAUGUCAAUAUGCCUUUAAUCCCCAUACCAUGGUUUAGUGCAAUUCUUUUUUUUAGAGUACAGAUUAAAAGGUUUUACAUUA